AAAAAGACCGGGUCACUCGCGCGGUUCGAGCUGCAGAUACCAAAAAAAAAGUAAGAAUCAGAGGUGGCCAUGCAAACAGAUCGAAGAAGUGGAGAGCAAACCUCACACACCCAGGAAAAAAGAGUGUGAGAGUAAGAAUAGGAUCAAUUUCGAGAAUCUCAAUCCACCACAUACACAUGGACAUAAACUAUUUAAUGUAUAAAUAGACUCUGUAUCUGCUGUUUUUUCCAAUCGGAAACUUCACUUUCUCUAAACAUGGCUGCCAAAGGCAUCAGCCUGGAGGAGAUUAAAAAAGAAAACGUCGACCUUGAGAGAAUACCAGUUGAAGAAGUGUUUCAGCAACUACAAUGCAGCAGAGAAGGUUUGUCGACGGAGGAAGGAGAAAAGAGGCUGCAGAUCUUUGGACCCAACAAGCUCGAAGAGAAAACGGAAAACAAGUUUCUGAAAUUCUUGGGUUUUAUGUGGAAUCCGCUUUCAUGGGUCAUGGAAAUUGCUGCCAUCAUGGCCAUUGCUUUGGCCAAUGGAGGGGGUCAGCCACCAGAUUGGCAGGAUUUUGUGGGUAUUGUGGUGUUGCUUUUCAUCAAUUCCACUAUUAGUUUCAUUGAGGAAAACAAUGCAGGGAAUGCUGCAGCUGCUCUUAUGGCGGGUCUAGCUCCUAAGACCAAGGUAUUAAGAGACGGGAGGUGGACCGAACAAGAAGCUGCCAUAUUAGUUCCUGGUGACAUGAUCAGCAUCAAGUUGGGAGAUAUUGUCCCAGCAGAUGCUCGCCUCCUAGAAGGAGAUCCUUUAAAGAUUGAUCAAUCUGCUCUCACAGGGGAGUCCUUGCCUGUGACCAAGCACCCAGGUGAUGAAGUCUUCUCCGGAUCCACCUGCAAGCAAGGUGAGAUCGAGGCUGUUGUGAUUGCCACUGGGGUACACACAUUCUUCGGUAAAGCUGCUCAUCUAGUGGACAGUACAAAUCAAGAGGGCCACUUCCAGAAGGUGUUGACAGCUAUUGGAAACUUCUGCAUAUGCUCCAUUGGAUUGGGAAUGCUUAUUGAGAUAGUAGUAAUGUACCCGAUUCAGCACCGCAAGUAUCGGCAAGGAAUUGACAAUCUCUUGGUGCUUCUCAUUGGAGGGAUUCCAAUUGCCAUGCCGACGGUCUUGUCGGUGACUAUGGCCAUUGGUUCCCAUCGGCUCUCAGAACAAGGUGCUAUCACCAAGAGAAUGACAGCAAUUGAAGAAAUGGCUGGAAUGGAUGUGUUGUGCAGUGACAAGACUGGAACUCUCACUCUCAACAAGCUUACAGUAGAUAAGUCCUUGAUUGAGGUAUUUGCAAAAGAUGUGGACAAAGAAGGUGUGAUAUUACAUGGCGCUAUGGCCUCGAGGGUUGAGAAUCAGGAUGCUAUUGAUGCAUGCAUUGUUGGGAUGUUAAGUGACCCCAAGGAGGCGAGAGCAGGCAUUACUGAGGUACAUUUUCUGCCAUUUAACCCAGUGGAAAAGCGCACGGCUAUAACAUACAUUGACUCAGAAGGCAAUUGGCACAGAGUUAGCAAGGGAGCACCAGAGCAGAUCAUUGAACUGUGCAACCUUAGGGAUGAUGCCAAAAAGAAAGCUCAUGCCAUCAUUGACAAGUUUGCUGAUCGUGGACUACGCUCCCUGGCUGUUUGCAGACAAACUGUACCAGAGAAAACCAAGGAUGGCGCUGGAACCCCAUGGCAAAUGGUUGGUCUCUUGCCUCUUUUUGAUCCGCCAAGGCAUGACAGUGCAGAAACUAUUAGUCGUGCUCUUAAUCUUGGUGUAAAUGUGAAGAUGAUCACUGGUGACCAGCUUGCAAUUGGCAAGGAAACUGGUCGUAGGCUUGGAAUGGGAACCAACAUGUAUCCUUCUUCUGCUCUCCUUGGACAGACCAAGGAUGAGUCUAUUGCUGCCCUUCCUGUUGAUGAGCUUAUUGAAAAAGCCGAUGGUUUUGCUGGAGUCUUUCCUGAGCACAAAUAUGAGAUUGUGAAGAGGCUGCAAGAAAGGAAGCAUAUCUGUGGGAUGACUGGAGAUGGAGUGAAUGAUGCUCCAGCAUUGAAGAAGGCAGACAUUGGAAUUGCAGUGGCUGAUGCUACUGAUGCAGCUCGAAGUGCAUCUGACAUUGUCUUGACAGAGCCAGGACUGAGUGUGAUUGUGAGUGCUGUCUUAACGAGCAGAGCCAUUUUCCAGCGAAUGAAGAAUUACACAAUUUAUGCAGUUUCUAUAACCAUCAGAAUUGUGGUUGGGUUUUUGCUUCUUGCACUUAUUUGGAAGUUUGAUUUCUCUCCUUUCAUGGUUCUCAUCAUUGCAAUUCUAAAUGAUGGAACAAUCAUGACUAUUUCUAAAGAUAGAGUGAAGCCAUCUCCUCUUCCUGAUUCAUGGAAGCUAAAGGAGAUCUUUGCUACUGGUAUUGUCCUCGGCACUUACCUUGCAAUAAUGACUGUAAUAUUCUUCUGGGCUGCCUACAGCUCUGACUUCUUCUCGGAGAAGUUUGGAGUUAGAUCCAUCAGAAACAGCCAUUAUGAGCUUACAGCUGCGAUCUACCUCCAAGUGAGCAUAGUGAGUCAGGCACUAAUCUUCGUUACAAGGUCCCGCAGCUGGUCUUUUGUCGAACGCCCUGGCCUCCUGCUUGUCACUGCUUUUUUCAUUGCACAAUUAAUUGCUACUAUCCUCGCUGUAUAUGCCAACUGGGAAUUUGCUAAGAUAAAGGGUAUUGGAUGGGGAUGGGCUGGUGUUAUUUGGCUCUACAGCAUUAUCUUUUACAUCCCUCUAGACAUUCUUAAGUUCAUCACUCGAUAUGCUUUGAGUGGCAAGGCCUGGGACAACAUUGUCCAAAACAAGACUGCAUUCACAACAAAGAAGGAUUAUGGAAGGGGAGAGAGGGAAGCACAAUGGGCUGCAGCUCAACGUACACUGCAUGGAUUGCAGCCUCCUGAAACUGCAGAACUUUUCCAAGAUAAGAAUUACAGGGAGUUGUCAGAGAUUGCAGAGCAGGCCAAGAGGCGAGCAGAAGUAGCAAGGUUACGUGAACUUCACACACUAAAAGGCCAUGUUGAAUCAGUAGUGAAACUCAAGGGGCUGGACAUUGAGACAAUUCAACAGCACUACACUGUUUGAUAGAGAAUAGAUCAGAAUGUGUGUUGUCUAAGAGUUUUGGGCAAAGGGAGUGUUAAACCUAGAUUAUGAGAACUAGGAUGCGUUCUUUUUGUUUCCAAGGAAUCCUUAUUCAUGGGAUUUCUGUCGGAUGCAAGGGUUGGGAAUAAAAUUCAGAUUUGAGUUGGAAAAAUAAUUUCAUCCAGAUAACAUAUGCGAUUCUCUUUGUAUUCUUGUUACAUUGAUUUCAAUGGAUUCCCUAUUUUUGCUUUUGUCA